AACCCGGAAGUGAAGCAACUUCUUAAACUUGCCUGGCAACUUCCAGAACCAGAAGACAACUUCUCUGCGGUCUGAAGACGUCUCCAAAGUCUUGUCAUGGAAGCCUCAAGUUACUUCGCGAUUCUCGUGAUUUUCUGCUGCAGCGUUGCCCCCUCGUUGAAGAGUGAACCAGAGGUUCCGCGGGGGCACGGGGAGGAGUUGGGGCGGCAUCGGGACCCGGAGGGACACAUCCCCGUACUGCACGACGUGCCGUCCCCGCUCGAGUUCUGGGAGAAGUAUGCCAGUCAAAGGAAGCCUGUCUUAUUGAGAGGUGUGGCCAAGAACUUCCCAGCGUAUUCCCUGUGGACAGACGAGUAUCUGAGGGAGAACUACGGUGAACUCAAGGUCAAGUUGGAAGCCAAGGUCGAGAAGGACCACUACCCUGUUGGGGAGAAGGGUCUUGCCCAAGACACCAUCAGAAACUUCCUCAAGACAUAUAAGAACCAGGAUAAGUACAUCGUGUCUCAGCUACCCGAUCCCAUGUCUAAGGAGGUGAUGGUCCUACCCUGUGUGCGGUGCGGUUCCUUUAAGAACAGGGCUCUCGAAGCAAACCUGUGGUUGAGCUCUGGAGGAACGAAAAGUCUCCUACACAAGGAUGCAGACAACGCCUUUAACUGUCUACUCAACGGUACCAAGGACUGGAUUCUCAUUGAUCCGGAACAUGAGGUCAACGUUCCCAUGGCAGAAGAGGCCAUCAGCGAGUAUGGAGGGUUCUCCCUGAUUAACGUAGACCGCGUGAAUCUGCAGAGGUACCCGGACUUUGCGAAGGUCCCCUGGUGGUACGCCAACAUAACUGCAGGAGACUGCCUGUGGCUGCCAUACAGUUACCUGCACCAGGUGAGGUCCUACGGCACCAAGAAUAUGGCCGUGUCUGUCCUGUUCUCUCGGCUGAAGGAGUUUGACUCUACAGGCUGCGACACAGCCAAGCCUGAGUACACCCCUCUGAGCGAGGCCGACAUGGUAUGGACCUAUGAUGGCAUCGCAUCGCAGACCAUGGGGAACACAGAUCCUUUUGAGCUCAAUGAAACUCUGGUGGACUGGUGUGAAGAGAACAAGGACAAAAUCCUUGAUGCCACUGCAGUAUUGGAAGGACUCAAACAGAUGCAGGCAAUGGAAGAAGAAGAAGAUGAAAACUUUGAGGUUCACGAUGUAGACAUUCUUGAGGAGAUUUCUCACCAGGUGAUGAUGAUACUGGACCCUACUGGCACGGGAUCAGUGUCGUGUGACAGACUGACACAGCUGACUGUAGCGGAGCUGAAGGCUGUGGCUGAGGUCAUGUCCUCCGACCCUGCGAACACAGAACAGUACGAGUACAAACACUUCUCACCUGAGCAAGUCAGGUCUGUGAUCAUGUUAGCUUAUGAUGCAGAUUCUGAUCGACUUGAGCUGGAAGCCUUUAUCAAGAAGUACCAGGAGGCACUGCACGGGUCCGAGAAAAUAGCCAGAGAGGUGUUUGAAAUGCUGGACCCAGAGAACAAAGGAUAUGCUAACAAGGAUGACCUGAAGGGAGGCAUGAGCCAGGUGCUGGACAUGUUCACACCCAGACAGUUGGAUGAUCCUGCAGGCAUCCAAUGGCAGCAUGCGAAGAUGGAAGACGAAAUGUUCCGCAAGGAUGCAGAAACCCCCAUGCAGACCCACAGCAGGAAUGCAGAAACCCCCAUGCAGACCCACAGGGAAAAUGACAAACAAGCAGAUCAUGCCCAUGGUGAAUUGUAGACACACUUUUGAAUUUAGGUUUAUCUAUUUAAUCAAUGAGGCAUUUCUGAUUAGUGUAUACUUAGUAUGGUCCUAGAUCAAUAUGGGUGUGAUAAAAAAAGGAAUAAAAAAGAUAGAAAUUAUUUACAUCAAACACAUUCUUGUUUGAUUUGUCAACUGUGGAUGAGGAUAUUUGCUGCUAUCACUUUGGUUUAUGACUAUGAGGAGAACUGUUGAGAAAACGUAUAUUUUGUAAAAUAUUUUCACUCUGAAUUAAGACUACUUCACAUUGAAAAUGGAAUCUAUGCAAUUGAUAUGAAUGAAAAAUUGUAUAUUUUCCUGGAAAAAAAUCUGUGAUCUUACAUCAUGAGUGUGUGAAGAUAUUCUGUGACAUUAAAAUGACUUAAUGACUAAUAUAUCAUCAGAAAUCAUUCCAGCAUGAAGAUUAAGUAAAUUUUGUAGACUGUCUUCUUUUUCACUUCCUUGUACCAUCUGCCCAUUAUAACAGAUCAUGGUGGAUGCUCCCUUGAUUCAUACUCUGCCCAAACCCAGCUCACAUUUAGAAGACCUAUUGUUGAUUUGAUUAUUUGGAUGACAGACUCUAUCUGGGUAACCCAAAAACUGAUACAAGCAUGUGAAUGAAAGAAAGUUAAAUUUUGUGUCUAAAAUGAUUUGAGCAUUACUAAUUCUUUGUGAGGGUAACUGGUUUAUAUUCGGAAGUUUAAGGUUAGUUCACAUUUUAUAUUGGGAGGUAGGUUAUUUUCAAAGGAGCCAGCUCAGCAUAUGGAACUGAAAAUUAAGCACCAUUGAUAUGAAAUUUCUGCUAUCAUUCACAUGAAAUUUGCUCUUUUCUGAAAACAUCUAGUCUUUAAAUCAACUGCCAACAGUGUGCUCUUUGGUGGAGGAAACUUAGUCUAGCAACGUCACCAAAA